AGCUUUCAGAUGUCACAGGGUUGUAGAUAACAUUUGAACAUAUGAUUAGCUUUCAUGAGCUGUCUUUAGAAACCUUACAUUUUUCCCCCCCGCACCUUAGCCAGAGAUCCUUCCCUUGAGGUUUCGGGACACUUAAAAUGUUGCUUUCACAAAAAUCAAGGAUGUGGAGAAGUUUUUCCUGUGUGAUGUCACUUUGCUGCCUUUUAUAAGCCUCUGCAGAAAAGAAGGGAACCUAUCUGAGGAUUCACGCUCCAGACACAGGCGACCAAGGGAAAGAGAGAAGCACAGAGGCGUAUCAAGUUGCAGAUACCGACCAACAGCGAGCCAUGCCGCAGACCAGUCCCUACAGCUGCCUGGAGUACACACUGCUGGUACUCUGUAGCCUGAAGGCUACCUUCGCCUUUCCCAACUCCUCUCCGCUGCUGAAUCCCAGCUGGGGGAAUGGCGAUCGCCUGAUGCACCUCUACACAGAUACAGAGAGGAACAGCUUCCAUCUCCAAAUCAACGCCGAUGGCUACGUUGAUGGUGUUCCUCACCAAACCAUUUACAGUGCCCUAAUGAUCAAGUCUGAGGGUGCUGGCUCAGUAAUAAUCACAGGUGUGAAGAGUGGACGCUACCUAUGUAUGGACACGAAGGGAAACAUUUUUGGUUCGCAUUACUUCAGUCAAGAGGACUGCGUGUUCAACCACAGGACGCUGGAAAAUGGAUACGAUGUGUACCAGUCUCCAAAACACAACUUCCUGGUUAGCUUAGGCAGAGUUAAACAAGCUUUCUUCCCUGGUAUGAAUCCACCACCCUACUCUCAGUUUUUGUCCAGGAGAAAUGAAAUCCCUUUGUUUCGAUUCAACACACCCGAGCCCCACAGAAACACUAGAAGUGCAGAUGUUGAUCCAAUGGAUCCUCACCAGAUCCUGGUCCCACAGAGAAAGAUCUCCUCAUUCGGAUCUCAGUUGCAGCAGCAAGCGGACUUUUCCCACGUGCCCAGAGAACCCAUGAGAAUCAACCAGAAUGACGUGGUCAACCCAGAUGACCCACAUGCUAUGAUGGCUGCCAGGAGGUACGCAAGUCCUCGUUUUUAUAUUACAAGAUAACUGUGGCCCCACCACUUACGAGUUGAAGACAUGGGCUAAUAUAAUAGGCGAAAGGAAAUGUCUAGCACACUCUGUUUGAAUGUCAAAAUGGCUAUUCGAAACCUGAAAGACAUUUGGGGAAAAAUUCUUAAUUUCAAAUUUUGAACUUACAGAUGACAGUAUACUGAAAAAACAAGCUGGACAUUUUCCAGUUAGGGCUCUGUUUUAUUGGAAAGAAGAUACAUUUUUGCAAAGAAUAAUGCCAACCAAACAUUUUAGGCUCCGAAUCACCUCACGUAUGCAUCAGUGAAAAAAAGAAUUCACUUGAAUGAAACAAGAAACUGGUGUUACGUUACUGAUGUAACUGGGAAGAGACCCGGAGCAUUUGAGAUUCCAACAGAGACAGGGCAUCCUCUUACUAGCACCACACCUGGCUGUGCAAGCACAGCAGACAAACUGACUGACGGUGUGUUUUAUCAUUUUAUAAAAUUUACUAUAUAUGUUUUUAGCUGUUAAGUUGUUGGAGCUUCAAUCUCUUUUCAUGCCCGUAACAAGUCAAAAAAUAACCACUUUGCUGUCAUAGGAGCAGCAUGCAUGGAAAACUGGAGUAAAUGACAGGAGAACAGGACAGAAUCAAACGGUCUUGUUUAGAAAGAGUCAUUUCGGACACUUAUAGAAUCCAAGCUGAAGUUUGGGAAAAAAGAGGAGAGACUCACUGUCUCUCAAGUGCUUCUCUAUCACAUUUAUAUAUUCACUAAAUUCUAGCAUUAUAACAUGGAAGUUUAAUGUAGAAACAUUCAUGAAGUUUGCAUAAUCCCAAACCAGAAAGAAGUACCAGGAUUACUAAUAAUCAAUAGUGUGUUAAACAGCUUGGUUUCUCUGGCACACUGCCGAACUAUACCCGCAUAAAACUAUUAAUAGCUCGUGAAGACUGUCAUCUAAUGAGUGAAAAUUAAGUUUGUAUUUAGAAAAGGAGAAUCUAAGUUUAGCAUCCAUGUUUCUAUUUAGUUCUGAGCAGGUAUCAGAUGCUUUAUACUUGUAAAGGUGAAAUUACUUUAAUAUUAAGCAGGAGAUUUCUGAUUCUGACAAAUCCUUUUCCUCGGAUUGGUAUAUGUUAUCGGUAAGUUUACUUCUUAGAUUCUAACCUCCAUAUAUACACCUGAAGUUUACAAAUCUUUAGUUAAGACGCGAUAUCUGCAAAGCAGAGCUUUUCAUUGAAAUUUAGGUGUCUAAUUGUUAACUGGUAGAAUUCAGUAUAACUUGAUUGGUUUUAAUGGAGCUAUAUUCAUUUCCACAACGACUCUGAAAAUCAUGUAUGUGCUUAGCUAUUUUUCUCCCUUAUUUAUUUUCAUUUUGAUCUCAUCUUCCUGUAAUCUUAAGGUUGCGUAGUUUUGAAAAAGCUUUCCUUGAUGUACUCUGCAGAAAUCAAUAGCGAGGUACCAAUGAACUGCAGAAAAAAAAUCAGUGUGGUAGAUAUUUGAGCAGAAUUUUUUCGUUUGGGGUAUGUGUGCAUUUUCUGCAUGUCAAUAUGCAGAUUCUUAUGUUUUAUUUAUUUAGUAUAUUUAGCAGCGUGGCAACAGUCUGAAAAUGGUACAUUUUGGUACAAGUGUGGUACAAUACAAAUACAAAUGGUACAAGUGGUACAAGUGUGCUCAUAGCAACAAUGCAAAAGAGAUUAGGCUAGAUUCUGAUCCUGUUCUUUCUGACUCAUGAAAUAAUUCACGGAAGCCACUGGAGUUACAGCAGUGUAACGAAAUCAAAAUAAGGCCCCCUGUGUUUCUUGCUUUCAUUGAAAUUGUUCUGGAUUUAGCGGAAGGUCUGUCCUACUGAUAGCAUUUAAAAUAAUCUCUUUUUUUUCCCCCUACAUACGUAUAGAUACAUGACAUUUCUUUAUCUACAACAUCCAAGAAGUUACAUUAGAAUAGUCAUAGAACCUGAUUCUGCUGUUACAACAGUUUUCCUACGUGGAGUGAUUCCUAAUUCAUGUAAGUUUCUAGAAGCACAAGACAAGCCAAAUGAUUAGGAUUAGACCAAGACUUCUGCCUCAUAAUUUAUUGUUUUUUAUCCUCUAAACUCAUCAUGUUUUUGAUUAGUUUCAAAAGGAAAGCAGUAAUUCUAAGAGAUUUAAGAGAACUGCAGGGAGGGCAGAUACUUGUGUAUUUUCUUGUUUAUUCAAAAGACUUUUUACCUUGCUGUCUAUACAGUGGAAAGGUGUGAUUCUAUUUAUGUGUUCUAGUUUAAUAAUUUUACUUGAUUCCUAUACCAUUCUUCUUGGCAUUUGCUCCUUGAGAACUCUGGACAGCAAUUACGUGAGCAAAGUUUUCAUUUUGCAUAAAUUGUUGUAAGCUCCACAGAGCUGCCUAGGACUCUGAGUCAAUGGACCUACAACAAUUUGAAUAAUGAGAAGUUCCGUCUCAAUCCGUACCAAAUUUUGAUGAGAAAUGUCAGUGGGGUUAAAUUUCUAUACGAUCUUUAUAUGCAUAAAUUAGAAGAAAGUAAGAAGGGUUGCUCACUCCACCAGUAGCCAGGGCAUUUAGUCCCUAAGCUAAGAGUGAAUGCACAACGGGUUUUGCAUCAAAAACGUAUUUCUAAAUAUAUAGAACUGUAUUGAAGUGACAGAAGAAUUAAUUCUUCAAAGGAGAUGCUGGCCACUACCAGCUAGUAAGAAAGCAUUACUUAUUUAUAUUGCAAUAUUUAUUUAUUUAUUUGAGUGGGUCUUAAAUCCUACAGAAUA